AUGAUAUUCAUCUCAAAACACAACAAUGGACAUCUCAAUUCAUCGAAUAAAGAAGCAUGCUUAUCCAUCAUAGGUCUAUUUCUAGUUAUUGGAUCUAUCGGAGGUCUUGCUGGACUAAUUUACGGCUUAGUGAAAGAUGGCUCCACUGCAACUAUUGCCGGCGCCAUUGUACUUGCUGUCUCAAUACUUUUCAGUAUCAUAUUUGUUUUUCUAAUUGUAUUUUGUUUGAACGACAAUAAUAACGAUUCUAGCACGAAUCAACAUCAUCAGCAUCGACGAAAACAAAAUUUUCAAGCUAAACAAGAAAAUUUUUCACCGAAAAUAAAAACUAUUUCAACUACACAAACACAUGAACCGAACAAUGCUUCGAGAGCUCAAAUGUGUUCAUCUCCUAUUCCGACGCAAUCACCAAAUAAAAUAAAUCAUAAUUUCACUAAACAGGCAGAAACACCAUCAUCGAAAUCGUAUACAUUUACUUAUCUAAACGAAAGUCAUUUGUCAAUUGGUAGUAACAGUUCAAGAUACAAUAAUUAUAAUCGACAUUAA